UUCAGUCCAAGCUCCGGAGGAAGGAGAAGAGGAGGAGGAGGAAGAGGUGGAGGAGGAGAGACAUACAAACCCUCUGGAGCUUCGAUCUCAUUAUCUCAGACAUUUUAUUGUAGGGAAACAUCAUUUCCUCCGAAUGCCUCGUUGGUGAAACGAGAAGCAAUAGGGAAAAAAAGCUGGUCUUCUCAGAAGUUCUCAGAAAUGGGUCGCUGCUUUGCUUCGGUGUUCGUCCUGGUCCUAGUCCUGGUGGUGCUUCCAGGAGUUGGUGCAGGAGUCCAGGACUCUGAAGAACAAAUUCCUCAAGGAGCCUCGACAUUAGCCUUUGUCUUUGAUGUCACCGGUUCCAUGUAUGACGACCUGGUGCAAGUCAUCGAAGGAGCCUCGAAGAUCUUGGAGACGUCCCUGAGCCGCCCGAAGCGACCGCUUUAUAACUUCGCUCUUGUGCCUUUCCACGACCCUGAGAUUGGACCAGUUACCAUAACGACCGAUCCCAAGAAGUUCCAGACUGAGCUGCAGGAGCUUUAUGUACAGGGGGGCGGAGAUUGUCCUGAGAUGAGCAUCGGAGCCAUAAAGAUUGCGCUGGAAAUUUCUCUGCCAGGUUCCUUCAUUUACGUUUUCACAGACGCGCGCUCGAAAGACUACAGACUGACCCACGAGGUCCUGCAGCUCAUUCAGCAAAAACAGUCUCAGGUGGUGUUUGUGUUGACUGGGGACUGUGAUGACAGAUCACACAUUGGUUACAAGGUGUAUGAAGAAAUUGCCUCCACCAGCUCAGGGCAGGUGUUCCAUCUGGACAAGAAACAGGUCAAUGAGGUCCUUAAAUGGGUGGAAGAGGCAGUGCAGUCCUCUAAAGUCCACCUGCUCUCCACUGAUCACUACAGUCCAAUCAGCAACACCUGGGGUAUCCCCUUUGACCCCAGUUUGAAGGAGGUCACCGUUGCUCUGAGUGGUCCGGCACCGAACAUCGAGAUACGCAACCCUCAGGGGAAACUGAUCGGGAACAAAGAUGGACUGACCGAGUUGCUUCACAUCCCCAACUCAGCCAAGGUCAUCAACCUUAAAGAUCCAGAGCCAGGCAUGUGGACCAUAAAGACGAUAAGCGAGGGUCGACACUCAGUCCGUAUUACGGGCUUGAGCACCAUCGACUUCCGUGCCGGAUUUUCCAGGACGCACACGCUAGACUUCAAAAUGACCUCCAGCAGGCCUGUACAAGGCAUCCCGACCUUCAUCCUGCUAAACACGACAGGUCUGUCCCGUCCUGCACGCGCCAAUCAGCUGGAGCUCCUGAGCAUCACUGGUGCCGUGAUAAAGACCUUACCUAUUCACUACUAUCCUGAACGCAAGCCCUAUGGCAUCUGGAACAUCACUGACUUUAUGCCUCCUAAUGAAGCCUUCUUCCUCAGAGUGACUGGCUACGACCGUGACGGCUUUCUCUUUCAGAGAGUCUCUAGCGUCUCGUUCUCUAACAUCAUCCCAGGCGCCCCAAAAGUGAGCAUGCCCUUCACCACUCCAGGUUACUACUUGCAAAAGGGGGAACUCACGUGCCAUGUGGACAGUCUGAUCCCCUUCACCCUGAGGUUCAGCCGAAAUGGUGAGCGCCUGGGAGUCGACCAGAUCUUCAGCGAGUCAUCCAAUGUGUCAUGGGAGAUAGCUAAGGUGUCUCUUAAAGAUGAGGGCUUCUAUGACUGUAUCGCCAUCAGCAGCGCUGGAACUGGGCAAGCCCGGACCUUUCUGGAUGUUUCUGAGCCUCCACCGGAUAUUGCUGUACCUUCCAAUGUAACAGCAUCGCCAGGCUCCACCGCAUUGCUGACCUGUGUGGUUGCUAGCACCGUACGUUUCAACCUGACCUGGCAACGUGCCAACAUGGACGUCCGAAUGGACGGGCGUUCUCGUCUCACUUCCAACCUUUCUCUGGAGAUCUUGCGUGUAACAGCAGAUGAUGCCGGCUGGUACAGUUGCGUCGCUGCUAACGAGGGCGGAGUCUCGGCUUCUCGUGUCUACCUCAGUGUACAGUCCCGGCCGAUAGUAACGGUGAACCCGUCAAACCAGACUUUUAGUACGGGAGAUGAGGUGCGGCUCAAGUGCUCAGCGAAAGGCUAUCCCACUCCUACAAUGGUGUGGACCCAUAACGACAUGUUCAUUACAGGCUCCAGUAGGCACAGGAUGAUCCCAGAUGGGACACUAAUCAUCAGGGGCAGUGUGCAGAAGGACGCAGGGGUAUACGGCUGCCUGGCCAGCAAUGCAGCAGGGAUGGAUUCAAAGACCGCUCUCCUUAGCUACAUCGAGUCUCCCCAGGUGACAAUCCUGAAGCCCAGGCUCCUGGUUGGCUUGGGACAGACUGCUAUCAUGGAGUGUACAGUAACGGGAAUUCCACAGCCAGAGGUUCUGUGGUACAAAAGUGACAGGCAGGUGAAGAUGUCAAUGUUCGUGAGCGUGGAUCCGAACAGCGGCGCUCUGAGGAUUCAACGGGUCGAAUCGGCCGACGCUGGCGAUUACGCAUGUGUGGCGGUGAACCUGGCAGGCACGGCUCAGGCCAAGAUCAGACUGGACGUGGGCUCCAUUCCACAGUUCACACGGCAGCCCGCCGACGUGGCAGCAGACAUAGGCUCUAACGUCACCUUGUCAUGUCACGUCCAGGGCCACCCUGAGCCACGCAUCACCUGGAGAAGAGAGGACAAUGCUGCCUUUUUCUCCCGGCACCGUGGCCACAGCACUGUCACUCAAAAGAGGGAUGGAGAACUGCAGAUAACUAACCUCUGGAUUGAAGACGAGACCACGUACGUGUGUGAAGCUCAGAACCAGUUUGGCAAAAUCCAGGCCAAAGUCCAGGUCACCGUCACAGGAUUGGUGGUCCCCGUGAUAGCUCCGAGUCCUGCAGAGGUCAGCGUGAUCGAGGAACAGCAGGUCACGCUGCCGUGUGUACUCCUGGCUGGAAACCCACUUCCUGUGAGACGUUGGCUCCAUGACAGCAUCCUGGUGACGUCGGGGCCGUACGUGAGCAUCCGGCGUGACGGCAGUCUGCAAAUCGAGAGAGUCGGCGUGCAGAAUGAGGGGCAGUAUACAUGCGUGGCAGAAAAUGUGGCAGGAAGUAGCAAUCACACCACCACCGUGAGCGUUUAUGUGAUGCCCACUAUACAACAUGGCCCUCAAGUGUUCAGUACCAUCGAGGGAACACCAAUUUCUUUGCCAUGUCGUGCCCGUGGAGUGCCCAAGCCAGACAUCACCUGGGCUAAGCAUGGGGAGCUGCUGGAUCUCACGAGCGGAUCGUUCUCUCUGGAGGAGGACGGGAGUCUGGUUAUCGCGUCACCUGGGGGAAACGAAUCUGGAGAGUUUGUGUGCACAGCCACAAAUGCAGCCGGAUACAGCUCCAGGAAGGUCCAGCUUACGGUCUAUGUGAAACCCAGGCUUAGUGGUGGUGGAUCUGGAGAUCAGUCGGGAUCAAGGGAUCCAUUAGACAUGUCCGUGACGGUGGGUGAGGAUGUUACUCUCCCCUGUGAUGUGCAGAGUGUCCCACCUCCCAUCAUCACCUGGGCCAAAGACAAGCAGCUUAUCUCCCCUUAUUCCACCAGACACACUCAGCUGCCCUCAGGCUCAAUGAAGAUCACAGAGACCCGUGUGACGGACAGCGGCACAUACCUCUGUGUGGCCACCAACAUCGCUGGCAACUUUAGCCAAGCUAUCAAACUCAGCGUCUACGUUCCUCCACAUAUCUUGCUGGGGCCACGCGUCAUGAAGGUUCAGGUGGCCCAUUCCAUUGACCUGCCUUGCGUGGCGCAGGGAGUCCCCCAACCUUCUGUGAGCUGGAAGAAGAACAGCACAGCCCUGGUGGCAGACGGGACUCGUUACAGUUUCUCCUCAGACGGAACUCUGACUGUCCGAAAGGUGGCGCUGUCUGAUGAGGGAGUUUACACUUGCGUAGCCAGCAACCUUGUAGGACAGGAUGUGACUGGGAUUCAGUUGCAGGUCCAAGUUCCCCCUGUAGUCGAGGUCUCUGAACCCCCUUUUAACAGUCCCCUGCAGGAAAGAGUGGCAAAUCAGCGCAUCGCAUUCCCCUGCCAAGCUAAAGGUCUUCCUCAGCCAGUAAUUAAGUGGUUUAGGAAUGGCGAGGAGCUGACUGGGAAUGAGCCCGGUGUGUCCAUCUUGGAGGAUGGAACUCUGCUCAUCCUGGCUUCGGUGUCGCCGCUGGACAAUGGAGAAUACACGUGCACAGCUGCAAAUGAUGCUGGGAGUACAGAGAAGAAGUACCAACUGAAAGUCAACGUGCCUCCUGAUGUAAGAGACGGUAGCCUGCCAUCAAAUGUCUCAGUGGUGAUGAACCAGCCCACCAGCUUGGUCUGUGACGUCACAGGAACUCCUCCACCAGUCAUCACCUGGUUUAAAGACGGCAUUCCGGUGGUUGCCAGCAGUAAUGUGCAGAUCCUGCAGAGAGGAAAGACACUGCGAUUGCUCAAAGCCGCCGCAGCAGACGCAGGCGGCUAUAGCUGCAAAGCCAUCAACGUCGCAGGAAGUACCGAGAAGGACUUCCACCUCGACGUCUUGGUUCCUCCUAGCAUCAUUGGAAGCAGCGGGUCACGUGACCUCUACACCGUUCUGAAUCAGGAGAUCAGCUUGGUGUGCAAGGUCAAAGGUGUGCCCUUUCCCACAAUCCACUGGUACAAAGACAGGAAGCUGUUGUUUCUGGGAGACCCCAAUUUUGAGGUGUUGGAUCGUGGCCAGGUUUUAAAAAUAAAGAGCUCCCGAUUAGGGGACCAGGCACGCUACCAGUGCAGCGUCACCAACUCUGCGGGAAAGCAGUCCAGAGACUUCAACCUCAGCGUUUACGUGCCCCCGAGUAUUAAAGGAGGGAACGUGACCUCAGAAGUGACGGCUCUUCUGCACAACCCGGUUACUUUGGAGUGUGAGGCUCGAGGCGUUCCCCUUCCAGCAAUCACUUGGUAUAAGAACGGCGAGGCCAUUCUGUCUAGCAGGCAGGCGCAGUAUGUAGACCGUGGACACUUCCUGAAAAUCUCACGAGUACAGGUGUCUGACGCUGGGCAGUACACCUGCAGAGUGACCAGCGUCGCAGGAACGUCCGAGAAGGCAUAUGAGCUGGAUGUCUAUGUUCCUCCAUCCAUUGCCGGAGGUGUAGAUGCACCUGUGGAGAAGAAAGUUGUGGUCAGUAAAACCCUGGUUCUGGAGUGUGAAGUAGCUGGUAAUCCUUCACCCUCGCUCACUUGGCUAAAAGACGGAUCUCCUGUGAAAACCGGGGAAAACCUGCGGCUGAUAGAGCAGGGCCGCAAAAUGGAGAUCAUCAAUGCUGCGCCCUCCGAUUCUGGCCUGUAUGUCUGUGUGGCGACCAGCAUUGCAGGGGAGAUGGAGAUCAAGUACGAUGUUGGCGUUUUAGUACCACCCACUGUAAACGGGGCUGAUAAGAUUACAGAUGCUACUGUCAUCGUUGAUAACGUGCUCGAACUUGAGUGCCAUGCCACAGGCACGCCUCCCCCAACCAUCACGUGGCUAAAGGACAGAGAGCUGAUCAGACAGGCAGAAGGUGUGAGAAUUUUGGCAAACGGUCAUCGUCUGGUCAUCUCCCGCGCCCAGGUCUCGGACACUGCUCUGUUCCAGUGUGUCGCCUCAAACGAAGCAGGAGAGCAGGAACGAGAUUUUAAAGUCACCGUACACGUUCCUCCAUCAAUCCGUUCUACCGGACCUGCUGAACGAUCGGUGGUUCUGCACAAUCCCCUAAACCUUCAGUGUGUGGUCAAUGGCUUUCCAGCUCCCAGCAUUACCUGGCUCAAAGAUGGCCGUCCUAUCGACACAACUCAGUUUUUACUUAAGCUGGAAUCAGGAGGUAGAGUUCUACAUAUUAAGGAAGCCAGAGCCGAGGAUGCAGGCAAAUACACCUGUGUGGCAACCAACGCUGCAGGAGAGGUGCAGCAGAACAUUCGCUUAGCGUUCACGCCUCCGGUCAUCCAUUCAGCUGGAGAGACUGUCAAUCAAACUAUUCUGGCUGGAUAUCAAAUCCAGCUGCAGUGUAAAGUGACAGGAAGUCCUGUACCAGCUAUGACGUGGUAUAAGGACAGUCGGCCUCUGACCAGUGCAGCAGGAGUGAGCAUCCUGAACCGAGGCCAAGUUCUGGAGAUCGACCGCGCUCAAGUGGCCGAUGCCGGACUCUACAAGUGUGUGGCUGUCAGUGUAGCCGGGACAGCAGAGCUCACACUCAGCCUACAGGUUUUUGUGCCACCAUCCAUCUCCAGCAAAGGUGGAAUGGUGACAGUGGUGGUGAAUGAUCCAAUCAGGCUGGAGUGCGAAGCCUCAGGUCUGCCCUCACCCAGUCUUACUUGGCUCAAAGAAAGCAGCCCUGUCUCCAGCUCCUCUAAUGGCAUCCAGAUCCUGGCCGGAGGCAGGGUACUGUCUUUCAGGAGUGCUCAGGUGAGCGAUGCUGGUCACUAUACCUGUGUGGCAGUGAAUGCAGGUGGAGAGCAGCAAAGAGAGUACAAUCUGCAUGUCUAUGUCCCGCCCAACAUCAUGGGUGAAGAAGUGAACAGCACAGUCCUGAUUGGCCGUUCGGUGGAGCUGCGUUGCCAGAGCGACGCAAUUCCUCUGCCCACUCUCAGCUGGCAUAAAGACGGACGGCCGCUCUACAGGAAGCCAGGACUGAGCGUGUCUGAGGAUGGCAGUUUGCUGCAGAUUGCGAGUGCUCAGAUACAGGACACAGGCAGGUACACGUGCGAGGCCACGAACGUGGCUGGGAAAACGGAAAAGAACUACAAUCUGAAUGUGUGGGUUCCACCGAGUAUUCGUGGCUCUGAUGAAGUGUCCUCUCUGACGGUGACUGUGGGUGGCCUUAUUACAUUAGUCUGCGAGUCCAGUGGAAUCCCUCCUCCCAGUCUUACAUGGAGGAAGAAUGGCUCGGAGCUGAAGGCGGACUCACGUGUACGUGCAUUGUCUGGGGGCCGUCAGCUGCAGAUCACAGGCGCAGAGAGGGGCGAUGCUGCAUCCUAUACAUGCCAGGCCUCCAGUGCCACUGGCACAGCUGUCAAAGAGUACAGCCUGCAAGUCUACGUUCGUCCCUCCAUUAGCUCAUUGGGCAGUGAGAAAGGUGACGUGACCGUAGUACGGGGAGGAGACGUCACCCUGCAGUGUGAGGCGGACGGUGUGCCCAGGCCUGCCAUCACCUGGCUGAAAGAUGGCAGACCUCUGGGAACCGGCUCUGGGGUUCAGAUCCUCAGCGACGGCCGACUCCUCGGUAUCAGAGACGCUCAGGUGGUCCAUACUGGUCGAUACACCUGCAUCGCUGUCAAUGUGGCUGGCCAGGAUGAGAGCAAACAUGAUGUCACUGUUCAUGUUCCAGCAAGCAUUAUCGGAAACACACACAAGACUGAAAACGUGACCGUUGUGGUGAGAAAUCCAGUGGUUCUCACGUGCGAGGCCUCCGGAAUCCCCCUACCGGUCAUCACCUGGUUGAAAGACGGCCUUUCAAUCAUCCUGUCUGGUUCGGUUCGGGUCAUCUCAGGUGGGCGGAGUCUGCGUUUGAUGCAUGCCGCAGCGGACGAUGCCGGAAGGUACACCUGCAUCGUAUCCAAUACCGCAGGAGAAGACAGGAAGAACUUUGACCUGGAUGUACUAGUUCCUCCAAGCAUUGUAAACGAAGGGGGGAUACAGGAUGUGAGGGUAAAGGAAGGGCAAAACAUCACUCUGGUCUGCGAGGUCACCGGGAACCCAGUGCCUGAGAUCACCUGGUUAAAGGAUGGGCAGCCGGUGUUGGGCGAGGGGCAACUGCAGGUGAUGUCCUACGGGCGCUUCCUUCAUAUAAACGACGCCCAGGUGAUUGACACGGGCAGGUACAGCUGCCUGGCGUCCAACAGUGCCGGAGACAGGAGCGCACACUUUAAUCUCAAUGUCCUCGUUACACCCACCAUCACUGGCUCAGGGCCAGAGGGAUCCUCUGAGGAGGUGACUGUGACGCUGAACAGUCCUACAUCUCUGGUGUGUGAGGCUCAGUCCUACCCGCCCGCCAUCAUCACCUGGCUCAAAGACGGGACACCUUUUGAGUCCAACCGUAACGUCCGGGUACUGCCAGGAGGGCGUACUCUUCAAAUCCUGAAUGCGCAAGAAGAGGAUGCUGGGAGAUACACAUGUGUGGCCACCAACGAAGCAGGAGAAACCCUGAAAAACUACGAGGUCAAAGUUUAUAUUCCCCCCGUUAUCAAUAAGGACAGCAUACAUGGAGAUGGCUUCGGAUCCAAAGAGAUUAAAAUUAAAGUUAACAACACACUGACACUUGAGUGUGAAGCUCAGGCAAUCCCAGUCCCCACUCUACACUGGUACAAGGAUGGACAGAUCCUUAAGACGGAUGAGCGCAUUACAGUAACGCCUAAUGGGCGAAUAGUCCAGAUAAAGCAGGCGCAGGUGUCUGAUACGGGCCGCUACACCUGCGUGGCCACCAACAUUGCAGGCGAGGAUGAAAAGGACUUUGAUGUAAAUAUACAAGUUCCUCCGAGUUUCCAGAGAAAUGGCGACUCUGGUGCUGGUAUUACCUCUGCUGGUGAGUUGAAGGAUGUCAUUCUGAAUAAUCCCAUCUCGCUGUACUGCGAGACCAACGCUGUGCCGCCUCCCACUCUCACCUGGUACAAAGACGGACAUCCGCUCACGUCCAGCAGCCGAGUGCUCAUCUUACCUGGCGGUAGAGUGCUACAGAUCCCCCUAGCUCAAACCGAGGACUCUGGAAGAUACACGUGCGUGGCCGUGAACGAGGCCGGAGAAGACUCAGUCCAGUAUGAUGUUAGAGUCUUGUUGCCUCCUUUUAUCCGUGGAGCUGACCGAGAUGUUCCUGAGGACGUGACGGUGUUGGUGAAUAAGUCCACGCUGUUGGAGUGCCAUGCGGAUGGAAGCCCUGCUCCUAAAAUCAGCUGGUUUAAAGAUGGCCUGGUUUUAAUUCUGGAUAAAACACACACUCUGCUGUCAGGCGGCAGAACGCUGCAGAUUUCGAACGCGCACGUGACCGAUACAGGCCGCUAUGUGUGUGUGGCGGAAAAUGUCGCUGGAAGUUCCGAGAAAUACUUCAGCCUGAAUGUCCACGUUCCUCCUUCUAUAGUGGGUGUAAAUAUGGAGAACGCAACUGUGGUGGUAAACAACUUCGUCUCUCUGAGCUGUGAGGCCACAGGAUUCCCUCCUCCUACCCUGAGCUGGCUAAAAGACAGGAAGCCUGUACAGGCUCACAGCAAUUCUCUCAUUAUGCCAGGUGGCCGUACAUUACAGAUCCUUAAGGCUAAAAUGUCCGAUGGUGGAAAGUACAGUUGCGUAGCCAUUAACGCAGCAGGAGAGGCACAAAAGAUCAUCUACCUCACAGUUUUUGUACCUCCCAGCAUCAAGGACAGCAGCGGAGACUCACCUGUAGUGAUUAGCGUGCAAGUGGGAAACUCCGUCACUCUGGAGUGCCAGUCUAACGCCGUCCCCCCUCCCACAAUCACCUGGUACAAGAAUGGACGUCUCGUCUCCGAGACCACCAACCUGCGCAUCCUCGCUAAUGGACAAACUCUGGAAAUUAAACCAACAGAGGUGUCUGAUACUGGCUUAUACGUCUGUAAGGCCAGCAACGUAGCAGGCCAGGUGGACAAGAACUUCCAUGUUAACAUCUAUGUGCCUCCAAGUAUAGAUGGCCCUGCCGAGGAGAAUGUGGUGGAGACCAUCAGUAACCCAGUAAGCUUUGCCUGUGAUGCCACAGGUAUCCCGCAUCCCAGCCUCACCUGGCUAAAGAAUGGCAGAGUAAUCGAGAAUUCCGAGUCACUGGAGAUGCACAUCCUGUCAGGAGGGGGUAAGCUGCAGAUUGCUCGCUCGCAGCUCUCCGAUAGCGGCACCUACACCUGCCUGGCUUCGAACAUUGAAGGCCAAGCUCAGAAAACCUACCAUCUCACUAUACAGGUGCCACCCAGCAUCAUUGGAUCUGAGAUGCCCGGUGAGACGAGUGUUCUGCUGAAUGAUAGCAUUCAGCUGUUGUGCCAUGCUAAAGGUACUCCAGCACCUACAAUUCAGUGGCUGAAGGACGGAAAAGCUCUGAGCCGGACCGGCCUCGCGAAUAUCAGAAUCAGCCCAGAUGGCAGUACCCUCACACUAACCGCAACCCACACAACAGACAGUGGCAAAUACACAUGUGUGGCCACUAACACGGCCGGGGAGGAGGAUAGAAUCUUUAACCUUAAUGUCUAUGUCCCUCCAGUGAUCCAAAAUAACAAGGAUGCACCUGAGGUGUUGACGACAAUUGUGGACAGCUCAGUGAACAUUGAGUGUGUGGCCAAUGGAUCUCCUCCACCACAGCUUAACUGGCUGAAAAACGGCCUGCCCCUAUCCGUGUCCUCGCACAUGCGCCCACUGUCUGCUGGACAAGUCCUCCGCAUUGCACGUGUUCAGGUGUCAGACGGAGGAACGUACACUUGCGUGGCAUCCAACCGAGCUGGAGUGGAUAGCAGAAACUACAACCUACAGGUCUACGUUCCCCCCAGUCUGAAUGGAGCAGGCAAUACUGAUGAUGUGACGUUGGUGAAAGGGAGCAUGGUUGCGCUGGUGUGCGUUUCCGAUGGGACCCCAAACCCCUCCUUGUCCUGGAUGAGGGAGGAAACUGGUUUGACUACGGAUUCCCACGUCACCCUGCUGAACCAUAACAGCACUUUGCAGAUCUCCCACAUCCAGGUGGACCACACGGGGCUCUACACUUGCAUCGCUCGAAACCAGGCCGGAGAAGCCCGUCGCCACUUCAACCUUAAAGUGCUGGACCCGCCCCUUAUCAAUGGCUCAGGAUUCUCCACAGAGGUUUCUGUGGUGGUCAACCAUGCUCUAGAGCUUGUUUGUGAGGCAGAGGGAAUCCCUGCACCCACGCUUACCUGGGUAAAAGAUGGACGGCCGCUACCUCAGCUCGACAGCCUGAGCGUCCUCCGUGGAGGAGAAGUGCUCCGGAUCGCCUCUGCACAGGUUGAGGACACUGGAAGGUACAGUUGUCUGGCAACCAGCCCUGCUGGAGACGAUGACAAAGAGUUCCUGGUUCGAGUCCACGUUCCACCCAACAUUGCUGGCGAGAGCGGCGACCAGGACAUAUCAGUGCUUCAAAACAGGCAGGUAACGCUGGAAUGCCGAUCAGAUGCUGUACCACCACCCACUCUAUCCUGGCUCAAAGAUGGAGCUCCAUUGAAGGCAUCUCCACGGGUGCGGGUGCUAUCGAGCGGCCGCUACAUGCAGAUCAAUAACGCAGAGCUGGGAGACACUGGCCGCUACACAUGCAUAGCUAGCAAUGUCGCUGGGGAAACAAGACGACAUUUUAACCUCAGUGUGAACGUUGCGCCCACUAUAAAGGAAGGUCCUCCGUCUGUUUCUGUUCAUGUGAACAUGCCGGUGGUUUUAGAGUGUGUUGUUAGCGGGGUUCCUGCUCCGCGUGUCACCUGGAGGAAACACAGCGCCGUUCUUGCAGACAACAAUCCCAGGUAUAAUUUAGCUGAGGAUGGCUCUCUCCGUAUUCACUCGGCUCAGUUGUCCGACACAGGUCAUUACUUGUGCAUGGCCACUAACCAGGCAGGAACCCAGCGCAAGAGAGUGGAUCUGCAAGUGUAUGUGCUCCCCUCAGUUGCUGAGGGUCCAACCAAUGUCACAGUGACUGUAAACAUCCAGACCACUCUGUCCUGUGAGGCCACAGGCAUCCCCAAACCCACAGUCACAUGGACCAAAGAUGGUCGCCUUCUCAACACAGACCAAAACCAGAAUAUGUACAGGCAGCUGUCUUCAGGAUCUCUGGUCAUAAUUGCACCAACAAUCAAUGACGCAGCUCUGUAUGAGUGCGUGGUGUCCAACGAAGCCGGACAGGACAGCCGAGCUGUCCAGCUCACGGUACAUGUGCCACCUUCAAUCGCCGAUGAGGCUACGGAGUUGUCAGUGAGUAGACUGUCCCCGGUAGUGAUCGGCUGCACUGCAUCUGGAUUCCCCACUCCUGUUCUACACUGGAGCAAAGACGGGAAGCAACUGAAUAUAGACGAAGAAGGCUAUCAAAUCCUACCCUAUGGUGCUUUGGAGAUAGUGGCUGCAGAACUGAGUCACUCUGGGCGUUACUCAUGUGUUGCGAAGAACGCUGCUGGAUCGGCUCAUCGCCACGUCCAGGUCAUCGUACAGGAGCCACCAGUGAUCCAAGCUCACCCAUCAACCCUGGACGUGAUCCUGAACAACCACGUGACCCUGCCGUGUCGUGCCUUGGGCACACCACGACCCACGAUCACCUGGCAAAAAGAAGGCAUCAACAUUGUCACCACCGGAAGCGUUUUCACCAUUCUGCCCAACGGCGGUCUGCAGAUCUCACAUGCCAAAGUGGAAGACACUGGUACCUACAUGUGUGUGGCCCAGAAUCCAGCAGGCACAGCACUGGGCAAGACCAAGCUUAGGGUGCAAGUACCUCCUGUAAUCCGAUCUAGCACUAAGUCCUACAUGGUGGCUGUGGACGGAUCUGUGACUCUGCUGUGUGAGACCGAGGGAUACCCAACUCCGUCAGUCAGCUGGUACAAAGACGGGAAGGCGCUUCCUGAGUCCGUACAUCAGCGAGUCCUUAGCUCCGGUUCUCUGCAUAUCGUUUUCGCCCAGCCAAGAGACACGGGCAAAUACACCUGCACAGCAGCCAAUGUGGCUGGAAGCCUCAGUCUGGAGAUGACCGUCACUGUCCUGAUACCUCCCACAAUCCGCAAAAUUGAGCCUGAGCUGUUGGUGGUGGAGAAAUCUCGGGCACUGUUGUCCUGUGCAGCUGAAGGAGUGCCUUACCCUACACUGAGCUGGGAGAAAGAUGGCAUUGCCCUGACUGACAUGACAGGAUCUUACACCAUCCUGUCCUCUGGGGAAUUGGUUCUGGAAAACGCUCAGCCCAAGGACUCCGGCAGUUACACGUGUGUGGCCACCAACACUGUGGGCCAGCACAGUCAGACGAUCGAUCUGUAUGUGCACACACACCCAUCAUUUACUGAGAUCCUUGGAGAUAUAGCUCUUAACAAGGGAGAGCGCCUCUUACUGGCUUGUGGAGCCACAGGCAUUCCCCCACCCAAAAUCACUUGGGCUUUCAACAAUAAUAUCAUUCCUGCUCAUUACAACCAUGCAAGUGGCCUAAGCGAGCUGGUGAUUGAGCGUGUGAGCAAGGACGACGCCGGAACCUACUCCUGUGUUGCAGAGAACCGAGUUGGAUCCAUCAAAUCUUUGGGUUUUGUCUAUGUCAAAGAGCCUCCUAUAAUAGAUGGAGACGUCCAUUCGAACCAUAUUGAGCCUCUAGGUGGGAACGCCAUUCUGAACUGCGAGGUACGGGGAGACCCUCCGCCCACGAUCCAGUGGAGCAAGAAAGGCAUUAAUGUCCGCGUCAGCAGCCGCAUCCGCCAGCUAGACAACGGUUCUCUUGCACUCUACGGCACUGUGAGUGAGGAUGCAGGGAGCUAUGUGUGUGUAGCUACAAAUGAUGCUGGAGUUGUGGAACGGACCGUCACACUCACCUUACAAAGUUCUCCAGCCUUUACUGUGGAGCCAGUGGAUACAGUGGUGGAUUCAGGCUCCAUCAUAGUGCUAAACUGCCAGGCACAGGGGGAACCCACACCAGUCAUCGAGUGGGCCCGCAAUGGGCGGCCCGUGCUGGCCAACGACCGCAUCGUGACACUAUCCAACGGCUCCCUGCGGCUCAGCAGUGCUCAGAAAGAGGACACGGCUGAUUACGAGUGUGUUGCCCGCAACCGGAUGGGCUCUGCGCUGGUGCACAUGGCCCUCACAGUGCGUGUUCAUGGGGGUUUCUCUGAGUGGAUGGAGUGGGGUGCUUGCAGUGUGCCUUGUGGGUUGGGAGUUCAAAGGAGGCUAAGACGGUGCAACAACCCUCAGCCUGCUAACGGUGGCCGGCCCUGCUCCGGCUCUGACUCUGAGACCCGCAGCUGCCAUGGCAAACCCUGUCCAGUGGAUGGUCAGUGGUCAGAGUGGACCGCGUGGGAGGAUUGUUCUCGUUCCUGUGGUCAAGGCAACAGGACAAGGGUACGGACUUGCAGCAAGCCUCCAGCACAACAUGGAGGCAGGGCUUGUGAGGGCAGAGCCAUAGAGGUCAUCAUGUGCAGCAUCAGACCCUGUCCAGUGGCUGGGAACUGGGCGUCCUGGCUACAGUGGAGCCCUUGCAGUGAAACAUGUGGUAAAGGCAUGCAAACGAGAAUCCGGCUGUGCAACAACCCCCCACCAUCAUUUGGUGGACCAACAUGCAUUGGAGUAGACACACAAACUCAAGUGUGCACAGAGAGGAACUGCCCAGUGGACGGAAAAUGGUCGUCUUGGGUGAGCUGGGGCGCCUGUAGCGUUUCCUGCGGAGGUGGAACCAGACAAAGGACACGCCUCUGUGCGAGCCCUGCCCCCAAACACGGAGGAAGACAGUGUGAAGGAAACGAUGUCCACGUUGACUUCUGCAACAAUGAACCAUGCCCUAUUCACGGUAACUGGGGCCCCUGGAGCACCUGGGGCAGCUGCAGCCGGACUUGCAAUGGAGGACAAAUGCGACGUUACAGAACAUGUGACAAUCCUCGACCAGCCAGUGGGGGAAGAGCAUGUGCUGGAACUGAUACAGAGAUCCAGAAAUGCAGCACGUCGAGUUGCCCUGUGGAUGGUAACUGGAGUCCAUGGCAGCCAUGGGGUGAGUGUUCAGCCUCCUGUGGAACAGGGGAACGCACACGGGUUCGUAUUUGUAACAAUCCAGUGCCUACCAACAAGGGCCGCCCUUGCCCAGGAGACUCCACCCAACUGUCCAGGUGCAGCAUCCAUCCAUGUCCAGGUGGUCCUCAGAAGGCCAGAGGGAGCAUUAUUGGCACUAUUAACGGCAUGGAGUUUGGCAUUGCAUUCCUCAACGCGACGAUAUUCAACAGUCCGACAGGGGGGAGAGUGGUCCAAGCUUCUAUCAUCAACAUACCUAGGAGCCUGGGUCCUGGUAUGAGGAAACUGAUCUCUCUUUUGAAUCCCAUCUACUGGACCACGGCGCAAGAGAUCGGCGAGGCCGUCAAUGGCCACACCCUUACAGGCGGCAUCUUCCGGCGAGAGACUCAAGUGGAGUUUGCAACAGGGGAGAUCCUCAAGAUCACCCAUGUAGCACGGGGCUUGGACACAGAUGGUGCGCUGCUGCUGGACAUCGUAGUGAAUGGACACAUCCUCCAACUACCCUCCAACGCAGAUAUUGGCCUCAAGGACUAUACAGAGGAUUAUAUUCAGACAGGUCCUGGGCAGAUAUAUGCUCUAUCCACACGUAUGUUCAGUGUAGACAAAGUGAGCGUGCCCUAUUCCUGGAACCACACGAUUUUAUAUGAGCCCUCCAAAGGAAAGAUGCCUUUCCUUGUGCAGACCUUGCAUGCAUCUUCCAUCAGCACUCAAUACCGCCCUCUGGAGGAGAUGCUGGAGUUCACAAUCUAUGCCAGCAUUUCCAAGGGUGAUCGUAGCAACCAGUGUCCUAGUGGCUUUGUGCUGGACCCGGCUGGACCCUUCUGUGCUGAUGAGGACGAGUGUGAAGGAGGCAGUCCAUGCUCCCAUACCUGUCAUAAUGCUAUUGGCACCUACUACUGCUCCUGCCCUAGAGGACUCACAAUAUCUGCUGAUGGCAGGACAUGCCAGGAUAUCGAUGAAUGCUCGCUGGAGGGACGCAUUUGUCACGACGGGCAAGACUGUGAAAACACUAUUGGCUCCUAUCGCUGUGUGACGCGUUGUGGGAGGGGUUUUAGGAGGACAGCAGAUAGCUUGAGUUGUUCAGAUAUAAAUGAGUGCCAGGAGUCCAACCCAUGCCACCAGCAUUGUCUCAACACCAUUGGAAGCUUCCGGUGUGCCUGCGAGCCAGGCUACCAACUCAGGAACCGGCGCUGCAUCGACAUUAACGAGUGCAGGCAACGAGUGUGCCGUUCAGACCAGCAGUGCAAGAAUACCCGCGGCGGCUACACCUGCAUCGACCUCUGUCCUACAGGCAUGACCAAAGAAGUCAACGGCACAUGCAUAGACAUUGACGAGUGUCGAGACGGCACCCACAAGUGCAGAUACAACCAGAUUUGCGAGAACACCAGAGGCAGCUAUCACUGCACUUGCCCCAGGGGCUACCGCUCUCAGGGUGUGGGUCUGCCCUGCAUUGACAUAAACGAGUGCGAACGUGUGCCGAUGCCCUGCGCCUUCCGGUGCGUGAACAGCCCCGGUAGCUACACAUGCACUUGCCCUCCUGGCCGCUACUUGCUCGGGGAUGGGAAGUCCUGCGCCGGGCUGGAGCGCUUACCCAGAUUCGAAAGCCUUUCGUAUGGUUUCCGCACCUCACAAUCCUCCCCAGAGCGAAGCUCCUCCCAGCGUCGCUAUCACAGUCUGACGUCUCAGACCUACCACUCCUAUGCUACGGACGGGGGGGACUACAGGCUCAGCGCUCGUCUUUCACGCUCGCGUAGGGCCACUAAGACAUGCCCUCCUGGCUUUAUUUCAGAAGCAGAUAAAUGCAUAGAUAUCAAUGAGUGUGAACAAAGGGACAUGUGCCAGCAUGAGUGUGUCAACACACAAGGAAGCCACAAAUGUUUAUGUCCCGGUGGCUAUCGCCUCAUGACCAACGGCAAAACAUGUCAAGAUAUUGAUGAGUGCUUGGAACAGAAUAUUCGGUGUGGAGCGAACCGAAUGUGCUUCAACAUGAGAGGGAGCUACCAGUGCAUUGACACACCCUGUCCACCUAGCUACCAGCGAGAGCCGGAGUCUGGCUUUUGCCUGAAGAACUGCCCUCCCAACGACCUCGAGUGUGCCCUGAGCCCCUACGCUCUAGAGUAUAAGCUGCUCUCGCUGCCCUUCGGUAUCGCCGCCAACCAGGACCUGAUCCGACUGGUGGCCUACACCCAAGACGGCGUGGUCCACCCGCGCACCAGCUUCUUGAUGGUGGACGAGGACACCACGCUUCCCUUCGCCCUGCGUGAGGAGAACCUGAAAGGUGUACUGUUCACGACACGCCCGCUCCGUGAGCCGCACACCUACCGCAUGAAGGUCCGAGCGUUAUCGUACGCCACCGACGGGGCCAUCGAGUACCAGACCACCUUCAUAGUCUACAUCGCCGUCUCCGCCUAUCCCUACUGACAGCACUUUACGACACGAACGGGCACGAGUGUGAGCGUGCUUUAAUGUGUGUGUGUGUAUGUGUGUAUUCCUGUGUAUUCAGUUAUAGAUCCACCACUUGAAGAACAUUUUUUAGACUUCACAUCAGGCCUCAUAGAUUGAGCAGCCAAGCUGAAGAAAACUUAGCAUUAACCCCUGGGGUACUCCAAAGACCGACCGCUUUACCUGUGGCUGGUUUCCAUGGUGAAGCCUGAAAGGUGUAGAUCGGAUGAAGCCUCUAAUUUCGGUCCCAUGUAUUACGACAAGCCAAAUUUUGUACAAGGACAAAUGAGAAAAAGGACAAGUAUACAGUACGUCUAUGUCUACCUAUUAACUUAUUGGAAAGUGCUUGAAAACAAGAAUUCAAGGAAGUGUUUAUUGCGUUUUGUGUGCGCUGCAUUUUCGAUGUGUCGUACCAAUAAGAAUUCCAAAAACUAGAAUCUUUGUCUCAGGUAAGCACUGCGUUCCACCUAUAAAGCCUUUUCGUAUCUAUUUUUUAUUCAUAUCUAUGUACAGGAAAAAACAUCGGAACCCUCUUUUUUUAAUUACCGGUUUAUACACAAGUUUCAUAAAUCCAUAACAAAGAUGUAUAUCUAUUUUUUUUUUUAUUAUCUGUAUAUAAGCAUUUGAUUUUCGUAUUGCCGCAAACAAUAAAUGUACAAACAACAACUGAUGUGUGGUGUACUGCUGUAAAAAAAAAAAAAAAUUAAAUAAAAAAAACCCCUACAAAGUUUGGUCAGUCA